CGGCGCGCGUUGCAUCCUGGGAGUCGGAAGCACGGCGGUGGCGGCCGUGGUGCCGGGAGAGAGACCGCGCGAGGCCCAUGCAGGACGCGGAGAACGUGGCGGCGCCCGAGGCGGCGGAGGAGCGGGCUGAGCCCACGCGGCAGCACCAGCCGACAGCCGAGCCGCCUCCCGGGGAGGAGUCGGCAGGGCCCGGCUCACCCGGGGUGGCGCGGACCGCGGACACUGACGAAGAGACGGCGGCCGAGUCGGAGCCCGAGGUGAGGGCCGAGCGGGCGGAGGAGGCGGCGGCGGCCCCAGACGGGGCGCCCCCGCUGCGGCCCCCCGAGGAGACCGCCCAGAAGGCCGAGACCCCUGCCUCGGCCCAGGCGGAUGGUCCUGGGGAGCAGGCCGAUGAGCAGCCCGCCGAUGGCCCAGUCAAUGCGUUGGCUGAGGAGGCGAGCAGUCCCGAGGCCGGCGCGGCCGAGGCCGAGCCGCGGGUGGUGGAGAACGGCGAGGCAGACGAGCCUUCCUUCAGCGACCCCGAGGACUUCGUGGACGACGUGAGCGAGGAAGAGUUACUCGGGGAUGUGCUGAAAGACCGGCCCCAGGAAGCAGACGGAAUUGAUUCUGUGAUUGUGGUUGACAACGUUCCUCAGGUGGGUCCUGACCGACUCGAGAAACUAAAAAAUGUCAUCCACAAGAUCUUUUCCAAGUUUGGGAAAAUCACAAAUGACUAUUACCCUGAAGAGGAUGGAAAGACAAAAGGGUACAUUUUUCUGGAAUAUGUGGCCCCUGCCCAUGCCGUGGAUGCUGUAAAAAAUGCCGAUGGCUACAAGCUAGACAAGCAGCACACGUUCCGGGUCAACCUAUUCACCGACUUCGACAAGUACAUGACCAUCAGUGACGAAUGGGACAUUCCAGAGAAACAGCCUUUCAAAGACCUGGGAAAUCUGCGUUACUGGUUGGAAGAGGCAGAAUGCAGAGAUCAGUACAGUGUGAUUUUUGAGAGUGGAGACCGUACAUCCAUAUUCUGGAAUGACGUGAAGGAUCCUGUGUCAAUUGAAGAGAGAGCGAGAUGGACGGAGACAUAUGUGCGUUGGUCCCCGAAGGGCACCUACCUGGCUACCUUUCACCAGAGAGGCAUUGCUCUCUGGGGGGGAGAGAAUUUCAAGCAGAUCCAGAGAUUCAGCCACCAAGGGGUCCAGCUGAUUGACUUCUCCCCUUGUGAAAGAUACCUGGUGACUUUUAGCCCCUUGAUGGAUACUCAGGAUGACCCUCAGGCCAUCAUCAUCUGGGACAUCCUUACUGGACACAAGAAGAGAGGUUUCCACUGUGAGAGCUCAGCCCACUGGCCUAUUUUCAAAUGGAGCCAUGAUGGUAAAUUCUUUGCAAGGAUGACACUAGAUACCCUUAGCAUCUAUGAAACACCGUCUAUGGGCCUUUUGGACAAGAAGAGUUUGAAGAUCUCUGGAAUAAAAGACUUCUCUUGGUCUCCUGGUGGUAAUAUAAUCGCCUUCUGGGUCCCUGAAGACAAAGAUAUUCCAGCCAGGGUGACCCUGAUGCAGCUUCCCAGCAGACAGGAGAUCCGAGUACGGAAUCUGUUCAACGUGGUAGACUGCAAGCUGCACUGGCAGAAGAAUGGAGAUUACUUGUGUGUCAAAGUCGAUAGGACUCCCAAAGGCACCCAGGGUGUUGUUACAAAUUUUGAAAUCUUCCGAAUGAGAGAGAAGCAGGUACCUGUGGAUGUGGUUGAAAUGAAAGAAACCAUCAUAGCCUUUGCCUGGGAACCCAACGGCAGUAAGUUUGCCGUGCUGCAUGGAGAGGCUCCUCGGAUCUCGGUCUCCUUCUACCACGUGAAGAGCAACGGGAAGAUUGAACUUAUCAAGAUGUUUGACAAGCAGCAAGCCAACACCAUCUUCUGGAGUCCCCAGGGGCAGUUUGUUGUGCUCGCUGGGCUGAGAAGCAUGAAUGGGGCCUUGGCGUUUGUGGACACCUCUGACUGCACUGUCAUGAAUAUCGCCGAGCACUACAUGGCCUCCGAUGUGGAGUGGGAUCCGACUGGGCGCUAUGUGGUCACCUCUGUGUCCUGGUGGAGCCAUAAGGUGGACAACGCUUAUUGGCUGUGGACAUUCCAAGGGCGCCUACUGCAGAAGAAUAAUAAGGACCGCUUUUGCCAGCUGCUCUGGAGACCACGGCCCCCAUCGCUCCUCAGCCAGGAGCAGAUAAAGCAAAUUAAGAAGGAUCUGAAGAAAUACUCAAAGAUCUUUGAGCAGAAGGAUCGCCUGAGCCAGUCCAAAGCUUCAAAGGAACUGGUGGAGAGAAGGCGAACCAUGAUGGAGGAUUUCCGGAAAUACCGGAAAAGGGCCCAAGAACUCUACAUGGAACAGAAAAAUGAGCGUCUGGAACUGCGAGGAGGGGUGGACACUGAUGAACUGGACAGCAACGUGGAUGACUGGGAGGAGGAGACCAUAGAGUUCUUUGUCACCGAGGAGGUCAUUCCUCUUGGAAACCAGGAAUGAGCAAGCGCUGUGUGUCACUGUGCCCUGCCCUGGAACCAAGGCCGUCCUGUACAGAAAGCAGCAGGGCCCCUGGACCUCACCUGUGCGUGCUGUGGACGUGGGCACCCCUGGGCUCUUCCACCCCGACACAGCCUUGUGCCUUUAAAGCCCUGGUGUCCACAGUGGGGUUCUGGCACUGCUUUCAAGUUUUCUGUUUGGGUUUCCUCGACCACCACGUUCACUGUAUGGACUCUGCAGUGCCCUGCUGACUCCUUUCACUCCUGCUGCCCGGGACAUGGCCAGGGCUUUGUCCAGCUCAGCGUCUCUUCCACCUGCUGUCCCCUGCACCGGCCAGUGCCUGGUUCUGGAGAGCAGAUACCUGCCCCGGACAUGCCUCGGCCAGCCAGAAGUGGCUGGUUCUCUUUGCAGGUGAACAUGCAAAUAAAAGAAAACCUG